CGAAGCGAAUUUUCGCUUUUGCAGUGUAAGGAGCAUCGUUUCUUUGCUGCUGUCUCAAGCUACGAUCAUGCAAGCGGUACUGCCUGGCUUGCUUCUCAAGAUCCGGACGGUGGUUUCCCUCUUGGGCUCGGUUCUACGCAAGGCAUGAUCAUGGAAGUUCUCGGUGGAUUCUAUCUGCUGCUACUGCUAUCGAGCUCGUCCUGGAUGAACGGUGCUCAAGCCACCAAGAUCCGACUCUACAACACUUGCCCGUUUACGAUCUGGCCGGCGUGGCUGCCGAGCGACGGGCAUCCGCAGCUGGGAGUUGGAGGCUGCCGACUCGACUCCUGGCAAGUCAUGGACGUGCACGCCUCGACUCGGUGGUCUGGCAAGUUCUGGGGCCGAACAAACUGCCAGUUUGACACCGUCCUCGGCACCGGGUGCUGCGAGACGGGCGACUGCUCGGGCAACCUCGGCUGCAACUCAACUUUCUCGCCGCCAGCGACCAUCGUCGAGUUUGAUCUCCACCACAACAACGUCCUCGACCACUACCGCGUCUCGCUGCUGGCCGGCUACAACCUCGAGGUCCGGGUGACGAGCAGCAACCUCGGCUGCGGCGUGGCGGGGUGCUCCGCGGAUCUAAACUCCAAGUGCCCGCCGGAGCUGAUUGCGUGGAACCCGAGAGGCAUGGCGGUGGGAUGCAGCAGCCCGUGCGUGGCUUUCGGCGCGGACGAGUUUUGCUGCGAGAAGGAGCACUUUGGAGCGGACAAGUGCCACCCGAAUGUCUUCUCGGUGCUGUUUAAGUCGUGCUGCCCGGCCGCCGCCACCUAUCCUUUUGAUUCGUGGAAGUCGGCGUGGAAUUGUAGCGCGGGGUCGGACUAUACUAUUACCUUUUGUCCAUCGUCGUCUUCGUCUUCUAGCCUUUAAUAAAAAGGAGGAUCGUUUUGUGGGCAUUGUGCCCAAG